UUUUGCCCGCACCGGUUGUCUCGAGUUCAGUCGACGCCGUCGCAGAGGACCUGGACCCAGACGGGUCUCAUCAUCCGUACCGACGCGCAACUUCCCCGCGUCGUCUCCUGAAAGGCGCAGAGGGUGCACAUUCGCCGUGCGUGCGUUUUUCCCUCGAAAGGAUGUGAUACUGACGGAAUCCCCCCCAGAAGGGGCGCGCGGACCUGCUCCACUGCGGAUCGCACUUAAAAACCAUUUUAAAAAAAUAAUAAAAUUCUGCCUUGACUCGUUAUAGUUUCUCUGAGCCAAAAUCACCAGACGUGUUUGGUUUUUUAAACCCCUUUCCCCCUUGAAAUCCGAGUAGAAAUGAUCGCGGUAAACACAAGGACACUGGUGGAUUUACGCCGCUGUAGACGUUCAACUUGACGGAUUUAAUCCAGAAGACACAGGAAACGGUGUAAUUUCAGACUAGAAUGUGGGAAAUAUUGAAAGAACACACGGGACCAACUUCAAACAGUUACACUCUUGGCAAGGUGCUUUGAGAAGAUCCGAAAAUGCGCCGAGGAAAGCGUCUUUUUUGUCCGGAGAUAUUUGUGGAUGAAAUUAAGAAACUAUUACCGAUUUUUCAAAAUGGCACAUUUAAAGGACGGAGAGUUUUCUUCCCUGACACCUCGUGACACUCAAGGGGCUGAAGCCGAGAAACAUGGCAGCUGUGGUCCAUUCGGUGGUGAUCCUCUGGGCUUUGAUUGGUUGGUCUAAGGCAGCAGAGAAACCCCCCACCCUGAGUGUAGCGGUGAUCCUGGGCCAGACGCGCGGCGUACCCGAUUCUGCCCUGCGCCCGUCCCGGGGUGUCGCCGCACCCCUGGACAUGAGCGUACUCAGCGUGCAGGUGAACCAGACGGACCCAGGCAGCAUGCUCACGCACCUGUGUGAGCUCAUGUCUCGGCAGAGACUGCACGGGCUGGCAUACGGCGACGGCACAGACCAGGAGGCCAUUGCACAGAUGCUGGACUUCGUCUCAUCUCAGACCUCCAUGCCCAUCCUGGGAAUUCAUGGUGGCUCUGCCAUGACAAUGGCUGAGAAGGACUCCGGCUCAUCCUUCUUCCAGUUCGGCGCCUCCCUCCAGCAGGAGGCGCUGCUGAUGCUGGCCGUGAUGGAGGAGUACGACUGGCACGUCUUCUCGGUGGUCACCACCAAGUUCCCGGGCUACCAGGAGUUCGUCUCCACCAUCCGCGUGACGGUGGACCACAGCUUUGUGCGCUGGGACCUCCAGAGUGUGGUGACGCUGGAGGGCGUGGGUGAGCCGGAGGACCGGGCGCACGUCCAGCUCAAGCGCAUCCAGUCGCCUGUCAUCCUGCUCUACUGCUCCAAGGACGAGGCCGAGCUGGUGCUGUCCGAGGCGCGCUCGCUGGGCCUGGUGGGAGCCAGCUACGUGUGGAUGGUGCCCAGCCUGACCACUGGCGACCCCGAGCGCACAGCUGACGCCUUCCCACCGGGGACCAUCUCGGUGGCAUACGACAAGUGGGACUACCCGCUGGAGGCGCGCGUGCGUGACGCCGUGGGCAUCUUUGGCUCGGCUGCCGCCGCCAUGUUCCGGGAGCAGGGACGCAUCCCCGAUGGGACGGUCAGCUGUUCCGGGCAGCAGGAGAAGCCGGAGGUGCCCGCCAGUACUCUGAGGAGGUAUAUGAUGGGUGUUGAUCUGGACGGCAGGGAUCUGUCUUUCAUGGACGAUGGUUACCAGGUAAACCCUAAACUGGUGGUCAUCGUGCUCAACACAGAGAAGGAAUGGGAGAAGAUGGGGCGUUGGGAGAAUCACUCACUGAUUCUGAGGUUCCCUGUGUGGCCUCGCUACAACUCAUUUGGAGACACAGAUGCAGACGAGAACCAUCUAAGCAUUGUGACUUUGGAGGAGAAACCAUUCGUUAUUGUAGACGACGUGGACAUUCUGACAGGAACCUGCAUGCGUAACUCAGUGCCCUGCAGGAAACACCUCAAAGAUAACAGUACUGGGGGCACCUAUAUCAAGCAGUGUUGUAAGGGCUUCUGUAUAGAUAUCCUGAAGAAGAUAGCCAGGAAUGUAAAGUUUACUUAUGACCUUUAUUUGGUCACCAAUGGCAAACAUGGGAAGAAGAUCAAUAACGUGUGGAACGGCAUGGUGGGAGAGGUUGUAUACAAGAAGGCUGUUAUGGCUGUCGGUUCGUUGACCAUAAAUGAAGAGAGGUCAGAGGUCAUUGACUUCUCUGUCCCAUUUGUCGAGACAGGCAUUAGUGUGAUGGUCUCCCGCAGCAACGGAACAGUCUCCCCCUCUGCAUUUUUGGAACCUUUCAGUGCUUCGGUGUGGGUAAUGAUGUUUGUGAUGUUGCUCAUCGUCACGGCGAUUGCUGUCUUCCUGUUUGAGUUCAUCAGUCCACUGGGCUUCAACAGAAAUCUAGCCCAGGGCAAAGACCCUCAUGGUCCAUCCUUUACAAUUGGCAAGGCCAUAUGGCUAUUGUGGGGUCUGGUCUUCAAUAACUCUGUGCCAGUGCAGAACCCUAAAGGGACCACCAGUAAGUUCAUAGUGUCUGUGUGGGCUUUCUUCGCUGUGAUCUUCUUGGCCAGUUACACUGCAAACCUGGCUGCCUUCAUGAUCCAGGAAGAGUUUGUGGACCAGGUCACUGGCCUCAGUGACAGAAAAUUCCAGAGUCCAUAUUCCUUCUCACCACCAUUUCGGUUUGGCACAGUCCCAAAUGGUAGCACGGAGAGGAACAUCAGGAAGAACUACCCAGACAUGCACCAAUACAUGGUCAGAUACCACCAGACUGGAGUCCAGGACGCACUCAUUAGCCUUAAGACUGGCAAACUGGAUGCAUUCAUAUACGAUGCAGCCGUGUUGAACUACAUGGCAGGGCGAGAUGAUGGCUGUAAGCUGGUGACCAUCGGCAGUGGCUACAUUUUUGCCACCACUGGUUAUGGCAUUGCCCUUCAGAAAGGAUCCUACUGGAAGCGUCUGGUGGACCUUGCCAUCCUUGGGAUCAUCGGAGAUGGAGAGAUGGAGGAGCUCGAGGCCCAGUGGCUGACGGGUAUCUGCCAUAAUGAGAAAAACGAAGUGAUGAGCAGUCAGCUGGAUGUGGACAACAUGGCUGGUGUGUUCUACAUGCUGGCAGCUGCCAUGGCCCUCUCCCUAAUCACCUUCGUCUGGGAGCACCUUUUCUACUGGCGACUCCGUUACUGUUUCACUGGCCUGUGCUCUGGACGACCUGGACUCCUCUUUACCAUAAGCAGGGGUAUCUGGAGCUGUAUUCAUGGUGUUCACAUUGAGAUGAAGAAGCCUCCUGAGUUGGAUUUCAGUCCUCAGGCCAACAUGUUGCACCUACUGAAAUCCGCCAAAGAGAUUACCACCCUGGGGGUAACAUCACCUAAAAGGCCAGUCUCUAGCCUCCUCCCUCAUAACUCAGGAUUGCUGGAACUUAUGACUGGGAACAAAGGCAACAGCCUCGCACCAAAAGACAUUGGCUACAGCAACUCCAACACCAUACUUGCCAAUCGCCACAAAGAGACUCUCAACAAUGCCCUUUUGCCUGGCCAGCGUGCUUUUAGUCUUGCAGAUGCCCAGCCUGGGCCUGGCAUGCCGGGUGACAACAGCACAGGAGGCAGUGACACAUCACGCGCUCCAGCCUCUAAGUCUCGUGCACUCUGGAAGAAGUCAGUGGAGACACUGCGGCAGAACCAAGGACCUAGCGACGAUUCCCCGCCUUCCGUAGCCCCGCCGAUGGAGCCUCGUGCCGCUAUGAAGAGCCAGCGGUACUUGCCUGAAGAUGCGCCUGCGCGCUCGGACAUGUCGGACUGCUCUGGGCGUGUGGACCUGCAGAAACAGCACAAGGUCAAAGAGACAUUGCGAAAGCGCAACCGUCUGCCGCGGGACCUAAGCGACGUGGAGCUGUCAACGCUGCGCAGCCAAGCCAGCCAACAGAGCAACCACAGUGGCCAGAUCUACUCUCAAAGCAGUCAGGGGAGCCAGAUCUACACCAUCGACUCUGUUGACCAGGAGCAUGGAAUGCACUACCCAGACAUAUUCAGCGAGCACAGGGACAACAAACAUCGUCCUCCCUCUUCCUCUGAGCAACAGCCAAUUCUGCAGCUGAACAGCAGUCUGCUCACUCAGGCUCAUGAGCCAGACGUCAUGCAGACCACCACUGCAGCAAAGGAGAAGAAAUACAACACGUUAAGCAAGCCCGGCGGCGGAUCUGGACUCAGUCCUGGCGGGACUGGUUCUGCCCAGGACCACCGACAAACACACUGCCGUAGCUGCCUGUCAAAGGUGUCCAGCUACUCUGGGCUUUACACGGUACGGUCUCCUCAGUACCGCUGUGAUGCCUGUCUACACUCUGGCCAUCUGUAUGACAUCAGUGAGGAUCAGUUUCUGCACCCUAAUGCAGGUGUCUGUGGCAUACGGGUUGGGAGUGUGGACAGGAAUUUCCCUGCCUUUCUGGCACAGCCUGAUGCUUCCUUUACAGCUUAUCUUCCCCAGAGUGACCAAGAGGGCGAAGGGCUUAUCAGUCACUAUCAGAACGAGGGUGUCAUCAUCCAUCGUCAGCACUCUUAUGAGAACCUGCCCCAAAGGAAUUCCUCACGUCGUGUCAGCCUGCAGGACAACGCCCCUUAUGCCAACCUGCCUGCUUCCACCUUGAUACUGGACAAGCCCCCAAAGAGCCAGCAGACCACGCACCUUAACCACACGCUUGCUGGAGUGGGCGUCAGUGGGCUCGGCAUCGGCCAGCGCAGCAAAUCGAUGUAUCCGGGCCGUCCGACGGAGAACCCUUUCUUGCAGACGCUCCGUGACGACCAGCGCCUGGCUCAUGGCCGCAGCUCCACAGACAUUUAUAAACAGCUGGUGCCGCUCACAUUAGGUCAGGUUGCUGAUGGCAAGGGGCUCAGCAUAGGGGUAGCGACCCCCGACGUCUUCUACCCUGAGCAUAUCAUGCCUUAUGUAGCCCCUCCCAUAAUCGGCACAUACCCAACCCCUAGGGCAAUGAGUGCUGGUGGUGCCCGACGUGUCUACAAGAGGAUGCCUAGUAUCGAGUCCGAUGUCUGAAAGAAAGAGAAAAAGAGGCAGAGAGACAGAGAGACCAAGACAGAAAGAGGCACAAAAGCACCAGUGUUUCCACAUGGAUAUGAAUUAACAUUAAGACAGCUUUUUGGACUGUGAAGCUUUACAACCAGGAGGGAAAAAAAACACAUACAUUUGGAAUAUAUUUUGUUUUAUCACUCUUGGGCGAAUCUGUCAAAGUUCAACAUUGAAUCAGGUCCUCCCCUCUGGUUGAGCUGCAGCUCUGUCUUCCACAUGAACAUGCAGACAGGACGCGCAACAAAAGCUGCUGGACACUGUGGGGCAGCUCCAAAGAGUUCCCUCUCCCCAAUGACAAAUGAGUAACCGUGAGCAACAUACGUACCAUCUUGCACAAAUGAACAAGUGUGCACUAUGAAUGAAGUAAUGCAUUUGUGCACAUAAUAGAUGAAGACAAGCAACAGAACAGAACAACAGAAGUCCUUAUUACAAUGCAGGUCUAUUUACACACAUAUACAAACACACAAAAACUCAAUACAAAGUUAUAAUAUGCACAAAAAACCUUUGCUUGGUUCAAAGCCUAAGAGCCCUCAAGCUAAAAAGGUAAUGAUUAAAAAUUAAAUACAUAUAUAAAAAAAUUAAAUACAUAAAUAAAAAUGUAAUAUAACAGAUAAACAGAGGGUGGAACCGCACCCAGUCUACAGUGAAAAGAAUUGGUUGAAAAUAAUUUCUUUCAUGCAAAGCAAACUACCUAACUGAGACACUUUUAAAUUACUCCAUAUAUUUUGGAUACAAUAAUAUGAAAAACACCUGGUCAUCAUUGGCCUUAGACCAUAUUAGUUUAGAAUGAUAUGUUUCUGGAAAUGCCCCUAAUGGUCAAAGACCCAAUUGUCCUCCCCACUUAUCUUACCCUGCCUGUAUGCCAAACACAUGAGCUGGAAGACACUGAUCUUCUAUUGGCCACCAGUGUUUGGCACCUAACGCACACUACUAAAUUUUAUUACAUUGAGGUUAUUUCUAUAGUUAUCUAGAAAAUAAGGAGACAGUCAUUUUUACACAGGUUUAUGCACUGCCAAGUAUUUGACUAAGUGGUGUGCAAAGCAUAUGAUUGUUAUAGUGUAAUAUAUAAAUAAGAAGUUAGAAAUAUUUCUCUCAAAUCGACCUCUUGUUCCAUAUGUGAAAAACUGUGAAUUCAGCCAUCUUCUAGGGUGUUUCAUUGUGAAAAUUAUGCUAGGGCACCGGAACAUUUGUCCACUAAUGAGAACUCAUACGGCUACUCAAAAUAUAGGGAGUGAAUAUAUCUAGAUUCAAGUUUGUGACUCCUCUAACAUAAAUUCUACAUGUUAAUCUUUGAAAUACUGAAAUGUACAAUAUUCUUUGUAGGCAGCCAGACACUUAGCAGAUGGUCUGUUAUAGCACUGAAGGUAAGCGUGUAGUGUGUUUAUUUGUGACAUCACAAAAAGCUUACAUUUUCUGUGUCCAAGUAAAUCUGCUCCACUUUAUGACUAAAUCAGGCCACUGAGUCAUAUGUUAAGUAUAGAACUAGGGGUCGAUUUGAGACACACCCUUAGAAGUGGAAACCCAGGGAUCUAUGUUUUAUGGUUUCCGAAAAGACUUCGGAACGAUAUUGUACUGUGAGGGCCCACGCCAACAAAUGAUGUCACGUAUUGCACUGCAGGACCACGGAACUACAAAGAACUUCCUGAUUGCCUCCAAUGCACAAAACACAUCAAUUCCUGCAGAAUUAAACCACAUGCCCAUACUUCACUAAAAUUUUUGGUUGUUUCUAAAUAUAACGGUUGUUCCAACAAUAUGCACAUUAUCAGGUUGCAAUAUAAUAUUUAUGUAUGAAAUUUCCUAGUUUUAAUAUGUUUUAUUAUUAGUUCACUUAAUUUAUGAAUUGUAAUACAUGUGGAAUUAAUUUAUUAUGUGAUUUAAUUGCGUAUGUAUAAAAAGAUAUCAGCAUGUUAAUCUUCUCUAUGGUCAGACUUUCAGAAUUGUUCUUUUUAAUUUUUGAUGUGAAUGGGAGUAAAUGUUUACAGUGAAUAUGGAAAUAUGGAUUCAUCUCAAAUGUGAUUUUGAUUCUCAUUUGAAUACAAGCAUAAAAGUAUUGUAUGGAAAAAAAUGUCAAAUUGGACCACAUGUUUCUGUUUUCAGUUAAUUGUAUCUGAAAUCAAACGAUAAUAGCAUUUCAGGGUGUAUACUGGUUGAGAAGCUCAAUAAUAAUUAUGAUAUUACAAAAACUAUACAGAAUUAGAAGUACCACUGCAAUUUGUUUUUCUUAAAUCAUGUUUAAG